AUGCCAACCACUCAACAACCCACAGCAACACCCAGGGUUACCUCAAUGCCAAUAGACAAACAUUAUAAUAGAGAUCAAUUGCAGAAGGUCAUACCUUCAACUUCAACUUCAGUAGAGGGUAACAGUAAAGGAAAUGGCUACGCUUCAAGCCACAGAACAUUUGAUGAAACAUCGGAAACUUAUCAUGUAAAUAAAGGCAAUAGUAUCUCUCAUAGUUCUACAGAGGACGAAAGCGAACAGUUUCAUCCAGCAAGUGAAAAUCCUGAAAUCGAUGUUUCGGUACCUGGAUCUGAUAAUGAACAUAAUAAACUUCAAGUAAAGCAGUAUCCAAUAUGCGAUCCAGAAUUACCGACUUAUGAAGGAACUCAACGACAAAUUAAACCAAAAAAAAUUCUCGGAAAUUAUGCUCUCACAAAAACUUUGGGCGCGGGUAGUAUGGGAAAAGUAAAAUUAGCUAUACAUUCACUGUCUAGUGAAAAGUUGGCAGUAAAAAUUAUUCCACGAGCGUCAGAUAAACCUCAGGAUGGAAAAGAAAAGGAAUCGUCCAACAAGGAUGAUAAUAAAGAAGUUCGCACUGUACGAGAAGCUUCGAUAAUGCUUCUAUUGCAUCAUCCUUACAUAGUUCAACUUAAAGAAGUAAUGGCACUACCUCAUCAUUAUUAUAUGUUCUUCGAAUAUGUUAACGGUGGUCAAAUGUUGGAUUAUAUCAUUAGUCAUGGUAAACUAAAAGAGAAGCAUGCCCGAAAAUUUGCGAGACAAAUUGUGAGCGCUUUGGAUUAUUGUCAUCGAAAUUCCAUAGUACAUCGAGAUUUGAAAAUUGAAAACAUCUUAAUAUCAAAGUCUGGUUCUAUCAAAAUUAUCGACUUUGGGUUAUCAAAUCUUUAUUCUCCGCGAUCUCAUUUAUCCACAUUUUGUGGUUCAUUGUAUUUUGCGGCUCCAGAAUUAUUAAAUGCAAAAUUAUAUACCGGUCCAGAAGUUGAUGUUUGGAGCUUUGGUAUUGUUCUUUAUGUUCUAGUUUGUGGGAAAGUCCCAUUCGACGACCAAAGUAUGCCUGCUUUACACGCAAAAAUUAAGAGGGGAGUUGUCGAGUAUCCUGGAUGGUUGAGUAGUGAUUGUAAACACCUUCUUUCGAGAAUGCUUGUUACCAAUCCUAUACAUCGUGCCUCGCUUGCUGAAGUAAUAAAUCACCCAUGGAUGAACAAAGGCUAUGAUAAACCUCAAGAAAAUUAUCUACCCCCAAGAAACCCACUUAGUCUUCCUCUAGAUCCGGAGGUAAUUCAUGGAAUGACAGGAUUUGAAUUCGGUACUGAGCAAGAAAUUAAAACACGAUUAGAAAAUAUUAUAAAAAGUGAAUCUUAUCAAAGUUCGAUUAAAGCUCAACAUUACAAUAAUUAUCCGAGUGGAUCUUUUGAUGGCAGGAAAAGAAGUAGUGGUUUUGAAUAUUAUCGUAAAAAAUUAUCGGGCUCGAGUAGCUCAAUUCAUGAAGACAAAACUAUUACGGCCGAUCCAACUCAAGCAGUUCAUCCAUUAAUUUCAAUCUAUUAUCUUGUAAAAGAAAAAAUCGAACGAGAUCGUUUAAUACAACAAGGAGGUAUUCCCCGAUUCGGUUCGUCAUCAUCCCUUUUAGAGGUCAAUAAUAAUGUACAUGUACCCCAUAUUCCAGUACCUGACCCAUCCCAUCAAAAUGAUUUAGGAUUUGAAGCCAAUAUACCUCCACCUAAUCUAAAUAGCUCUGUAGUAAGACGCGCAACUGUUCCUAGACCUCGUAUGAAAACAAGUGGUGAAAGUGAUUUAGGUAACAUGGUAACAGUUCCACCUGCAUUGAAUGAGGGAGAUAUACCGGAAGAAACCAAGGAUGAAGAUAGCGGCGAAGUAAAUUAUGGUAGAAAUAGCAUUGAACAACCAACCACUAGUAAUAAUUCUGGAGGAGGAAUAAUGAGACGUUUGAGUUUAGCUUUAACCGGUCUACCUCGUGAUUACCUGUCACCACCAACCUCACCAACUUCGAUGACUCCAAGAAGUCCUACAGAACAUAAACGUUCUGGUUCUACUCCCAAUGGUCCAAAAAAAGAAAAUCCCGGUCACUUUUCCCACAGGUUUACCAAUAUAUUAACAAGAACCCCUUCUAUGUCAGAAACUGAACAUAAACGUCAUCGUCCGAGAAACUCUGUUGGAAAUAAUAAUAAUAACAGACAUUCUCAUAUUCCUAACGGAAAUAACACAGUUAGGAAUCCUACUACAAGGGUCGCUGUUGGAAAUUUGCCUCAAUUAGUUGAGCCAAAUCCUUCAAAUAAUUCAACGCUUGAGCCAGUUCCAAUACGUUCUUCACAUCAAAGAAGUACGUCAAGUGGUGCACAAAUGUCCAUCAAUGUGGUGCCUCACAAUGCGUUACAACAGAAUAUAGAAAAUGAUUUCAAUUUUCCACCUUCAUCAUCACCACAUUCUCCUUUACCUGGUGGGACAGCUGAUUCCUGGAUUCGACCAGUAUAUUUAAAAGGGUUGUUUAGUGUUGCGACAACUUCUACAAAACCUCCGUCAAUUAUACGACAAGAUCUUAUAAGAGUUCUAGAUCGGAUUGGUGUUAAAUGGCGUGAAGGUCGCGGAGGAUUCGAAUGUGUUCAUAUACCAAGUAUAGAUCUAAAAUCAGUUGUAAGUCCUACUUAUACAAAUGGUGGUUAUAAAGGUGAACAAAAUUAUCCAGUGCAAAAUACUAUUACAAAUCAUCAUCACGUACAUUUCAAUCGUAGAAGUAGUUAUUCAUCCGGAAAUUCUGCCGCUUCUACCGCAUCAUCAGUUUCAUAUAAGGAUAGUUAUGCUCAAGGACAGGAUCUUCAUUUUUCUGCUGAUGGAGAAGUUCGGCUUUCACUAUCAACUUCCGCUAAUAGAGACAAUCAGUAUAUUAAUUAUAGUAGUUAUAAUGAUCCAUCAUCUCUUACAACUGCAAAUGUUACAGAUCUUGUUGUAAGAUUUGAAAUUUUUAUUGUAAAAGUCCCAUUAUUACUUGGGGUUCAUGGAUUACAAUUCCGUAGAGUAGCGGGAGAUACAUGGCAAUACAAAAAUAUGUGUUCGAAAAUUCUUGGAGAGCUGAAAUUGUAA